GUGUCCAUUAAAGGUGAUUUUUUUUUAGGCCUAAAGGAACACAUUAAAAAAUAAUAACAGCCAAGAUUUGUUGUAAUGCUUUAAAAUGAUGCAGUUAUCCAACAUGUCAAAGAUGGUUCAUGAUAAAGUAUCUUACAAUGAUCCCUAUCGGCCCAUGAGUUUUUACUGUGAGGGCCCUCUGAAUUCUUUGGCCGCCAAUAAAGAUUUCACUCAAGUUGUUGUUGCCGGACGCUCAGUAUUUAAAAUACUGAACAUCAAAGAGGACUGCUUCACUGAGAACAUCAACCUUAGAGUUGGCCGACACAUUAACCUGACGUACUCAGCAGCUGAUGUUGCCUGGCACCCGUCAGAUGAGAAUAUGCUGGCAUCUGCUGCUACCAAUGGCUGUGUUGUCAUCUGGAAUCUUUGUAAAAGUGCAAAAUCAAAACAAGCAACAAUAUAUCAAGAACACAAACGGUCUGUGAACAGGGUGGCGUUUCAUGGGUCUGAACACCAUCAGUUGCUCAGUGCCUCACAGGAUGGUGUUGUCAUGAUUCAUGAUGUGCGUAAACCAACAGUGUGUACAAAGUUUGGUGUGGCUGGUACAGACAGUGUACGAGACGCACAGUUCUGCCCCCCUAGCAUGGGUUAUUUCUUCUUUGCUGCAGCUUAUGACAACGGCACUAUACAGAUUUGGGACAUGCGUCGACCAGACAGGUGUGAGAAACAGUUUAUGGCCCAUAAUGGACCUGUGUUUUCCCUUGAUUGGCACCCUGGUGACAAAACAUAUUGGCUGGCCACAGCAGGCAGGGAUAAAAUGAUCAAGGUUUGGGAUAUGGUUCGUCCAGACAGAGCCGCAUCCCCCAACUUGAUCCACAGCAUCACCAACAUUGCGUCUGUGGCCAGAAUCAAGUGGCGGCCCAACAGGAAGCACCACAUCUCCAGCUGUUCGCUGCUGGUGGACCACAGCAUCAAUGUCUGGGACGUUGGCAGACCUUACAUCCCAUUUGCUUCAUUUGAUGGACACAUGGAUGUUGCUACUUGCAUUGAGUGGCGUGAGGACUGUCAUGUUUUCUUAAGUUGUGGUCGAGAUGGCAACGUGAUACAGCAUGUUUUUUCUGAAGCAAAACGCCCGGCUGACCACGUCAACAUAGCAGGUGUUGACAUAAGCAUUAAUGGGGAAAUAGGAUAUGCAUAUUUUGACAAAAAAGACAAAUCAACAUCUGGUUCAUCCCGCUCAAAAAAAAUUUCAAAAAGUCGUCAGUUCACACAAGCCAGCAGCUCUUUAAAUGUUUUUCAAAAUAAUUUCAGUCAAGAAGAUGAGUGUCAGGAUAUGUUGAUGCAGUAUUUCAAGGAAAUUGCUCUAGAAUACAAACUCCAGGGUAUGUCUCUGGUGGAUCUGUGUAAACACAACGGGGUGGUGGCCUCAAACCAUAGCAAGCACCAUAUUGCACAGAUGUGGAACAAUCUUGCUGUCAUAUACGCCCCGAGCUCCCAGCCCAAUGUCCCCAACCACAUGAGUCGUACAGGACCUCAGCAGGACAAGCAAGAUCAUUCUGAUCUAGCUGUAAAACCAACAUUAAAACGAGCUAGAGAAAUUAAAGUGGUGAAGCCAUUCUCACAUGUGGAUACUUUUUCAGGCAGCAAUGAAGAAAGCUCUGAUGUGGAGGGAGAAAACUCUGAAGUAGAAAAAAGUGUACCCGAGCCUAGCACCGAAUCAAAUUUUUUAUUUGGAGAUGGUGGAGAAGACGAGACCAGCUCAGAUCUGUAUAACACUGGGGGAAUUGUGAAUCCAGAGCAUUAUGAUUGGAUAAACAAAGCCCCGCCCUCCGAAGCUUUCCAGCCCAGACAUGAGCUGAACCCAAUGACAGGAACUCACCCCUUGACCAUGGGUGAGUCAGAUUUGGCUCUGUCUACAACAAUGGAGCCGGCACCACAAGAGUCACAUGACCAGAGCUGGGAGCCUACUCUUGUUGUUAAGUUCUCCUAUGAUUUUGAAAUUCCAGAUUACUCUUCCACAGUUGCUGAUCUCAUCAAAUUUUUAGCAGAACAGGGAGAUGUUCAAACAGCUGUGUCAAUGUUGACAGUUUUAGGAGAUCAGAUACGAACCAAAAUUGAUGAAGCCUACCAAGAAAGUUGGUUUCUUGCUUAUAUUGAUUUACUGGGUCGCUAUGAGCUAUGGACAGUGGCCAAUGAUGUCAUCAAGCAGUGUAAGCUGAUGUCUGUCAACUCCUUGAAUCAGGAAUCAACAGUCAUACACGCCAUGUGCUUCAAGUGUUCCAGAGCUUGUGAGAGGGCCACUUGGCUGUGUGACAAGUGUAAACGCAUUUUAAAUCUUUGUAGUGUUUGCCACCAGCCUGUACGAGGUGCAUUUGUGUGGUGUCAGGGCUGCUGCCAUGGGGGGCAUGUUGACCACAUGAUGGAGUGGCUGUCAGUCAGUAACCAGUGUCCAGCAGGAUGCAGCCAUCAUUGUGAAUAUACGUGAGACAUAGGACAACUAUAACCAAGGAGCAAUAGAAUAAAUAAAUUAUCUUCAUUUUUUUCACAAUCUAUGUCAAACAGAAAAGCUACAGAGUUUUGCCAAGCAGAAUGUAUUUUUGUUCCUCACUAGUGUCUGAAAAUGUUACUAUAAUGAAAUGUUCUUAAAAAUUGGGCGUAAGUUACAAGUAGUAUCUCUACCCCUACUUCAGACCCUAAAAAAACCUGAUAUUAGAUUACUAUUAGCAACCUGAUACACCUAUUGUUGGAAGUGUCCACUGUCAGACACUGGGAAGAGGAAAGACUCAUUCGAAACAGUAUUAGGGAAGGUUUGAUCAUUUGUAUUUUCAGAGUGGGUUAAUGUCUUUCUUAACUGUUAUAAUGCAUGUAAGCUACAGGUCAAUUUAUAAUGCUGGUUGUUUUUUUAUUGUGGUUAAAGAUUAUUACAGAAAAAAAAGUUACUAUUCAAACCUUCCACUUUACCUAACUCUCAACUUGAAUUUUUGUUUUAGUGUGGCAAUAGGGACUGGAAAAUUCUAAUAUUUAAAUUUAAAAAGUUGAAGCGGAAGAUGAAACAAAACGUCAAAAAAAAAUUCAUUGUUGACUUUCCCCCCUAGUUAGUCUAAUUACCAGACAUUUUGCUAUCACUGCUAUUAUCUGGUGUACAACUAUUCCACAUUCAACUUAAAACUAAGUCAUUUAUUCUUUAAAAUCAAUAUUAAAUUAACACAAGAUAUGUUUCAACAGAAAUAAUUGUGUUUAUGCAUUUAUUAUGUUAUUGUAAUAUUUAUAUUACAGAUAUUUUUUUAAUUGUUUAAAAUUUGAAAAUAAAAGAUU